AUGAAUAACAAUAAACAAUCAGUUGACUCACAAGCAGCAUAUUUCAUAAACAGCGAAAAUAAUAUAAUUGCAAUCAAAUCAAAAAGAUCUUUUUUCAAAAAAUAUAGAAAGAAAGAGCCGAUCAUAUUUAUACUAACAUUUAUCAUUACUGUUUUAUCUGUAGCGAUUGUAGUAUUCGCUGCCCUAUAUGCCAAGUUUAAUCAACGAAUAAAUUAUUGCGAGAAUGAAAACUGUCUGCGUAUAGCGGCAAGUUUAAAAGAAUCGAUGGAUACUUCUAUCGAUCCAUGUGACGACUUUUAUAAAUACGCCUGUGGAAGAUGGCCAACAUCUCAUCCUUCAUUAGAUCCAAGUCAGGAAUAUAGUUGGUUCAAAGAAAGAAGUAUGAGAGUUUCAACAAAGAUACGAGAUUUAUUAUUAAAAAAUUUAACGAAUGAAGAUUUUCCUUCGGCUAUUUAUGAAGCUAAAACGUUAUUUGUGAGUUGUAUAAAUAUAGAGACACGAAACGAAUUAGGACUAAGUCCGUUAUUUGAUCUUUUAAAUGAAUUGGAUUUACCACAAAUUCCUGCAACAAUCACCAAAAAUACAACAAAUUUUAUAGUACAAAUGGCUAAAGUUAAACGAGUUCUAUGGGCAGACAUUUUUUUUGGAACUUAUAUUUCCAAUGAUCCUAAAGACAAUCGUAAGAAUGUCAUUGUUCUUGAUCUUCCUGACAGAGCUAAUCCUUUUCCUAGUGAUAAAAUAUUAGAAAAACGACUACAAAUUAUUAAAACAAAAACUCGCUUGAUUAUGGAAGAAGUGGAUGAAAUAAACGAGGAAAUAAAAGCAUUUUUAUCUGCUGAAAAAAUCUAUAUGACUGAAGUUUUUAAACAAGUUAUAAGCAAUGGUACAACUGAUCAACGAUCUUGUAAAUCGAGAAAACCAUUUUCUAUUAUUUCUGAAGAGGACAUACAAAAUACUGUCAAUGAAGUAUACAAAUUAAGUGAAGUAUUUUAUACUUUAUCAAAUCUACAUAGAAAUCAAACAAUGGAUGACGAUAAUGAUAUUCAAGACAGUGAUUACAUGUUAAUUGAAGAUUUACAACAAAUAACCGACGAAUAUGUUAAAUCGAUAAAUGAAUCAUUAGAGCCAAAAAUAAUUUGGAAACCAUUUAUUCAAGAAUUAUUAAAAGAAAUAAUAGAUUUCGAUCCAAAAGAAAAAAUCUUAAUAUCAGAUAUAAAUUAUUUAAAAGAAGUUGCAGUUAUUUUAUCUUCAACUGGUGAUAAUCUAUUAGAAACUGCAAUUUGGUGGACUGUAGUGGAUUAUAGUGUGCCUUAUUCUUCAGAAAAUUUAAGAAGGAUUUGGGAUACGUACACUUUAGAAUUGACAGGUGCAAAAUUAGAUCAUUCAUGGCCAAUUAUAUGUGCUGAAAAUGUAAACGAUCUCAUGGGUAUGGCAGUUUCUUGGCUAUAUGUAAAUCCGUCUUUUACAAGUGAUGGUUCAAUAGAUCAAGUUAGUGAAAUGUUAGAGAACAUUAAAUUAUCAUUUUCGAAGUUCGUAUUAGGAGUUGAUUGGAUGGACGAUCAAACCAAAAUAAAAACUUUAGAAAAAAAUAGAAAAAUGAAAUCUCUUAUUGGCUUUCCUAAAUGGCUAUUUCAGACAGGAGAACUAGAUAUUUUUUAUAAAGGGAUUAAUAUGUCGGAUGGCUAUUUUGAGAAUAUGCUACAAAUAAUUCGCAUACAAAAUUUAAAUCAAUUGAGAUAUUUGGCAAAUAAUGAAACGGAUGAUGAACCAUAUUGGCCACUAGAACCUACUGAAGUCAACGCUGUUCAUACAUUUCAAGAAAAUCAAAUAGCAAUUCCCGCUGGGAUUCUACAGUUUCCAUUUUAUGAAUUAGGCCUUGAGUCUUUAAAUUACGGUGCACUUGGAACAAUAUUGGGACACGAGUUAACUCAUGGCUUUGACAAUAGCGGUAGACGUUUUGACAGUACCGGAAAUCUCAAAGAAUGGUGGAGUAACGAAACAAUUUCACAGUACACCGAUAAAACUACGUGUUUCGUAGAUCAAUACAGCAAGUACUUUAUUCCAGAGGUUAAUAAAUACAUUGAUGGUCAACUAACUUUAGAUGAAAAUAUUGCAGACAAUGGUGGACUAAGAGAAGCAUAUCAUGCAUAUCAAAUAUGGAAAACCAAACACAAAAAAGAAUCUCUACUUCCAGGAUUCACUCAUCUUACGCAUGAUCAGCUUCUAUUUUUGAGCUAUGCACAUAUGUGGUGUGAAUCAUUUACCUAUCACGAUUUAAAAUGGAUGCUACAAGAUCCUCAUUGUCCAGGUAACAUCAGAUUAAAGAUGGUUUUAAGAAAUUCGAAACACUUUAGUAAAGCUUGGAAUUGUCCUAUCGGUUCAAAUAUGAAUCCUAUUAAAAAAUGUCAAUUGUGGUGA